GAUUCGCGACGUUGCGGAGGCAAGUCAGCUCACAAACAUCGCGGGCGGAAAGCGCCAAAAUGCGACGCAUGAAAGUGAGUAAAAGUGAUCAGGUGAGUCGUGGUGCUAAAUAUUCAGUGACAGUGCUCCUGCUACUCAGUGCCGUUGUAGAAAAUGUUUCAUGCAGCAGAAAUCUCACGCGACGCAGCAUUAAGAAUGUCGUUGCAUGCCUCGAGGAUGGGCGCUUCUACCGCAAUCCCGAUCGUGCUGUGCACAAGAUGUGGUCCAAUGCGGAGUGCUCCAAGUACUUCCUGUGCCUCGAGGGGGAGGUGUUUGAGUUCAAAUGCUCCGUUGGGCUCCUCUUUGACGUCACACGGCAGAUUUGCGACUUCAAGAGCAAUGUCGAUAAUUGUGAUAUAACCGCCGAACCUCUAGUACCAAAGCCCCUUCUGGCCGAUGCAAAUUGCACGGAUUGGAAUCACCUAGGUUGUGGAGAUGGAACCUGCCUACCAAAUGAGUACUUCUGCGACGGGAGCGUCGACUGCCCUGAUGGAUCAGAUGAGGGUUGGUGCGAUGUCACUCAUGACCCAAAUGCCGCAUCCACGUGCAAUCAAGCCACCUGCAUCCUCCCCGAGUGCUUCUGCUCCAAGGACGGCACAAUCAUCCCUGGGCGUUUGGAUAUCAAUCAAGUUCCCCAAAUGAUCCUCCUCACAUUCGACGAUGCCAUUAAUUUUGAAAAUUGGGACCUCUACACGAAGAAGCUCUUCACGGCGGAUCGCAAGAAUCCCAAUGGAUGCCCGAUAAAGACGACUUUUUACAUCUCCCAUCAAUACACAAACUACCAACAAGUGCAGAAAAUGUGGAAUGACGGACAUGAGAUUGCAGUGCACUCGAUAACACAUCGUGGGCCUGAGGAGUGGUGGUCCCGGAAUGCCACCAUUGAGGAUUGGUUCGAUGAGAUGGUGGGUCAAGCGAAUAUUAUCAACAAAUUCGCAAAUGUCCGCAUGGAGGAGAUUCGGGGUAUUCGUGUACCCUUCCUGCGGGUGGGGUGGAAUCGGCAGUUCCUCAUGAUGAAGGAAUUUGGGUUUCAGUAUGACUCAUCAAUGGUGGCACCCUUCUCAAAUCCACCCCUCUGGCCGUACACGCUGGACCACAAGAUGCCCCACGCGUGCAUGGGAAUCAAUCAGAAUUGCCCAUCGAGGAGCUAUCCGGGCAUCUGGGAGGUGGUUAUGAAUCAGCUCGAGGCGGGAGAGUACACGUGCGGCAUGGUGGACACGUGCCCGCCAAAUAUGAAUGGCGAGGAGAUGUACAAGAUGUUCACGCACAACUUUAAGAGGCACUAUCUCACCAAUAGGGCCCCACUGGGGCUCUUCUUCCACACCACGUGGUUCCACAAUGCCGAAUACAUGGAAGCUUUUACGAACUUCCUGGAUGACAUGCGAAAAAUGCCGGAUGUAUUCUUCGUUACGACGCAUCAGGCUAUUGAGUGGAUUCGCCAUCCAACCCCCCUUGGGCAGAUUAAUCAAUUUGAACCGUGGGGUUGCAAAGAACGCCAAUUGCAACCGCAUGAGAUUGCGUGCAACCUACCAAACGUCUGUAAGCUCCACAGUCGCGUCCUGCAGCAGGAUCGCUACCUCUACACGUGCAACGAAUGCCCGGCACAGUAUCCGUGGCUUCGGAAUGAAUUUGGAUUGGAUUGAAAGAACAACCCCUUCCGCCUGCCCCCCUAAACCCACGGGGACUGCGCUCAUUUUCCCACUGAACGCUCUGCUGGAGUCGCAAAAUGUUAUUUAUGCUGCAUAUUAUUAUAUCCACUCCCUGUGCAAGGGAGACACUUUCAGUAUUUAAGAAUAAAAUGGAACAAAGAAUGAGUUUGUUGUUGAAAAUUACACAAA